AUCCUAUCGCACAUGCAUACUCCCACACGUAUCUACUCUACUGUCUCUACACUGCUCCAGGAAAGGAAAAAAAUCAAAGACGGCCUGAUUAACUGCCUUUCCUCUUUUCCAGGAAGAUCGAAGAAUACGUGAGAAGGAAGAUCGCAGAAUACGUGAUUAUGGCGUGGUCUUGUGAGCCGGAAAUGGCGUGUAAGAAGCACUCGAAUCGCAAGCAGCAGCCGGGCGUCUGCUCUAUCUGUCUCAGAGAACGGCUCUCGAAGAUUCCUGGCGCGGUGUUAGUUUCUUCGCCGCCGUCCGCCGCUUCUUCCGCAUCUUACUCGCCUCGUCCGGCUGAUUAUUGCUAUUCCUCUGGUUCCUCCUCCGGCCGCGGUUCUCCGCGGGGACACCGCCGCAUCACCUCCGACGUUGUGAGCCACUUCUCUUUUAUCUUUAGCGUCGCCGGCGUAGGGGCGCUGAAGAAGAGCAGGUCUAUUGCUCUUGUCGCCAAAGGCGGCCCCGGGAGCUCCCACGGUGCCGGGAAGAAGAAAGAAGGGUUCUGGUCGAAGCUCAUCCGCUCCACCGGGAAGAAGACUAGGAGGGUUUUCUUGCCGUAGUUUGUUGCAGAGUAGUCGGGUGAGAUCGAAGGGCCUCUUAAUUAUGGCAGCAAAUAAGAAAGAAAAUGGCCCCAAGACAUGAAGAACUUUACAUGGUGAUCUGUAUAAAUUGUAAUUGUAAAACAAAUAUGUUGAAAUUUCAUGAGUUAAUUUCAUUUUUGUUCUUAGGAUUGAUAGGUGACAGUCUAUUUUUAGUUCAUUUUAUAAGAAUAUUUACAUUUGGUCCUAAUAUUAAUCUGGCAUGUUCACUUU